AUGCCGCGGGAGAAAGGCCACGGCGGAGAAGCCGCGACUGAAAAGCCGCGGCAGAAAAGCCAUGGCAGAGAAACCGUGACAGAGAAGCCGCGGCAGAUCGAAAAGCCGCAGCAGAAAAGCAGCGACAGAGAAGCCACGGCAGACCGAAAAGCCGCAGCAGAAAAGCAGCGACAGAGAAGCCGCGCCGCGGCAGAGAAGCCAUGGCAGAGAAGCCGCGGCAGAUCGAAAAGCCGCAGCAGAAAAGCAAGAAGCCGUGGCAGAUCGAAAAGCCGCAGCAGAAAAGCAGCGACAGAGAAGCCGCGCCAGAUCGAAAUGCCGCGACAGAGAAGAGAAGCCGCGGCAGAUCGAAAAGCCGCAGCAGAGAAGCCGCGGCAGAUCGAAACGCCGCGGCAGAAAGGCCAUGGCGGAAAAGCCGCGACUGAAAAGCCGCGGCAGAGAAGCCAUGGCAGAGAAGCCGCGGCAGAUCGAAAAGUCGCAGCAGAAAAGCAGUGA